AUGCCGGAAUUUGGUAGUGAAUCCAGGAAUCAUGCCUGUGGAAGAAAAUGGAUGAUAAAUGAUACAUGUGGUAUUAUUUGUUUAUUUGUAACAUGGUUUUUAAUGUUAUAUGGCCAAUUUUGUGUGUGUACGGUAAUGUUGUCAUCUUUUCAAUAUUAUCCAAUACAUCAAUCUAUAAACUUUAUUAUAUUUCAAUGUUUAUUUAUACUAGCUGGUAUUUCACACUAUAAGACAGUUUUUACUGAUCCUGGUGCUGUUCCAAUAGGUAAUCUAACUGAUGAUUAUAUUGCAAGAUUACAACGUGAAAAUGCAAAUAAGAAACUUUACCAAUGUACUAAAUGUUGUUCUGUAAAACCUGAUAGAGCACAUCAUUGUAGUAUAUGUGAUAGGUGUAUCAAUAAGAUGGAUCAUCAUUGUCCCUGGGUAAAUAAUUGUGUAGGCCAAAAAAAUCAAAAAUUUUUUGUUCUUUUUACGUUUUAUAUUGCAUUAUUAUCAAUACAUGCAUUGUAUUGGGUGAUCUGGCAAUUUCUCAGUUGUUUAGAUAGUGAUUGGGCCUAUUGUUCACAUUAUAGUCCUCCAGUAACUACUAUUUUAUUAAUAUUCUUAUUAUUUGAAUCCAUUCUAUUUUCUGUAUUUACUUUAGUUAUGUUUGGUACACAAAUUAAUGCUAUAUGUUCUAACAAAACGGGAAUUGAAUCAUUAAAGAAAGUGGAAGAAAAAUAUGUAUCAAAUAGAUAUAAAAAUAUGCAAAUAGUUUUUGGAGGAAGAAUGGGUCUUAAAUGGUUUAGUCCAUUUUAUACUCCAUUUAUCAAUGAAAAAACAUAUGAGGUAUCAGUAUAG